GACAGCUACAUUCUAUGUUUGUAAACACGUAGUCUGUACGCGACCAUUUGUCCUGGUAGACUCUCCUUGCGAUGGAGGAAAACGAAGAUAGCGAAAUUAUCGAGCAUCACGUCAAUGAGGACAUGGAGAAGAAAGGCUUUCGAACAAGACAUACGCAUUUAUUUUUGGAGAGCGCUACUGGGUCUGAGAGGGAAGGGUACAGCACACAGUCCUCGCACCGGCUACUUGCCUACAGUGAUGCACUCAUUUCCAUUAUAGCAACUGUUAUGAUAUUACCUGUGGCGCAUACAAAAUUUCAGGACAAUCAGGAAUUAAAAGAGAGUUUGCAACACCUUCUCACUACAAAGGUUGCAGUGUACUUGAUGACAUUCUUAAUAGUCACCGUUGCAUGGGCUGCCCAUAUCAGGUUAUUUCAAGUAAUUGAGCGCAUCGAUGACUGCCUUGCCCUUUUAAAUCUUGCCUGUAUGAUGCUGAUCACAUUCCUCCCUUACACCUUUUCCAUGAUGGCAACCUUUCCAGAAAACAUCCUUGGGAUCCUCCUCUUUUGUUCUUGCGCCAUCGUGAUUGGUCUGAUACAGGCUAUCAUUGUUGUGUACGGGUUCAGCCACCCCUUCCUGCUCAAUGACCAGAUACAGAUAUCCGAGAACCAGGGCUUCUACAAGCGGCACAUCUUAAAGGUGAUUCUGAGAGUGCCAGUGUUCUGCUUCAUCGCCAUCAUCUUCUCCUUCAUUUUCUUCCCCUUGUCGUACGUUCUUCUAGCAUUCAUCACCUUCCUGCCCUACAUCUCACAGACUCUGAAGUGGUGUCGUAAUAAAGCCAUUGGCCAGAUGGAGGAGACUCCUGACUCAAUGCUGUUUUAUUCCUACCACCCCAAUGAGCCUCUCAGUAAAGAGAGGGUGGAGGCCUUUAGCGAUGGGGUGUACGCCAUCGUAGCCACCCUCCUAAUCUUAGACAUAUGUGAAGACAACGUCCCCGAUCCCAGCGAGGUCCAGCGCAGGUUCAACGGCAGCCUGAUCGAGGCCCUGCAGGACUUCGGGCCGGAGUUCCUGGCGUACUUCGGCUCCUUCGCCACGGUGGGGCUGCUGUGGUUCGUGCACCACUCCCUGUUCCUGCACGUGACCAAGGCCACGCGUCUGAUGGGCCUGUUCAACACCUUCUCCCUGGCCUUCGUGGGCGGCCUGCCCCUGGCCUACGAGCUGACCCACGAGUUCCCCCGCCACUCCCGCAACGAGCUGGAGGCCAUCCAGAUCAGCUGCGUCAUCAUCUUCUUCGCCGGGGUGUUCCAGCUGGCCAUCUGGGUGACGGCGCUGUUCAGCGAGCGCGAGACGCUGCACCCCUACGUGCGCUACGGCGGCCGCGACCACGCCUUCAUGCUGGCCAAGCUGGCCCUGUACCCCUGCGUGGCCCUGGGAACCUUCUUCAUCACCUGCGCCCUCAGCCGCUUCAGCGCCCCGGCCUUCCACCUCAUGCAGAUGGGCGUGCCCCUGGCCUUCCUGCUGCUGCGGCUCCUGAUGCGGCUGGGCCUGGCCCUCCUGCGCCGCCUCUUCUGCCCGCCCGCGCCCGCCACGCACUGCGCCCUGGAGGAGGACGACCUGCGCCUGCCCUUCAACGACCUGGCCACCUAGACCCAGCACACUGACCUGACCCAACACACUGACCUGACCAGCACACUGACCUGACCCAACACACUGACCUGACCAGCACACUGACCUGACCCAACACACUGACCCUGCACACUGACCCAACACACUGACCUGACCAGCACACUGACCCAACACACUGACCUGACCCAACACACUGACCCAACACACUGACCUGACCCAACACACUGACCCAGCUCUGUCACACGCUGCACGCUUAACGCUUACGGUACCUUUCAGGAUAUCACGGUCAAAGUCACGCGUUUCAGAUCGCAUACGUAGACGGAAUAGCAGGCAUACACUAUUUCAGGACGAGCACCAUUUUGUUUGUUUUUUUUUUAUACUGUGGACACACUUACCAACGGGAUCCAUACAGCUUCACAUUGAAGUCAGCUCCUAACUGUUAAAGCCUUUUUGUUGUUAUAUAUUUAUAGGCGGUUUUAUGUUUUGUUUUGUUUAGCAGCUUAGUCCUAACCACUUUAAGCUGAUUUACUUGGACCUACUUGAUCUUUCUCAAUUCUCAGUUCUCAGUUUGCAAUCAGCCCUUACAAACACAAAGCUUACCUUUGACCGAUAUGUAUUAGCAUUACUGUUUAUUACCGUAUUCCCUCAAUGGUCAAUGCAUGUGAGCUCACCCUCGUAGCGCUUGUUGUAGACUUGUGUAAAAAUGUCAAGGAGCUGGCAGCGAUCGAAAGGCACAAUAAUUUGGGAGGGUUAAAUCCUGUAGUCCGGUUCUGAAUCCGGCCCAUUCCACACACAGUACUGAGACAGUUCUUAAGAAUCUCUCUGAGCCACAAAUAGGUCAUGGGUGGUUCCACUUACUGUAAUUCUAAUACCCUAUUACUCCCCCACCCUAGAAAACAGUUACUCGUGAUAGGUUAUACAUUGGAAAGUGCAGGUUUUUCCAUUUGUUUUUAAGAUUUUUGGGGGGUUUUAUAUUCUUAAUUUUUAAAAUCCCACAAUGAAUGCCCUUCCUGGGGAAAAUAUUAAUAUAAAUGUAUAUAAAUGCAUAUAGCACAGACUGUUGGAUUGAAGCAGUUACAAUGGCUAUUUUGUAGCUACAUGUACAGCGAUGCUUGUCUGUAUUUUGACAGUUGGAAAGCCUAUUGCUUAGCCCAUUUCUCUGACUUUUCUUCACUGUCAUUGGGACAGCUCCGGUCCUCAUGUUGACAAACUCCAAUAACACUCCAAAGGCUCCAAAGGCAAUAAAAGCCUAGAAUCAAGACUAGAUACUGAAAGCUUUCUUCUAUCUGUACUAUGGAAGUGAUUGAAUAGACCUGACUAUUCAUAAACAGCUGAGGCAAACCAUUCAAUUACUUUUGGUCUGCUAAAAUGGGGGUGGGUGUAUAUACAGGGAUGCAAUUCCUACAUGCAUCACCCAAUAUGGAUGUAAAUAUCCUCAAAUUAAGGGGGACAGUCUGCACUUUAACCUCACAGUUAUUGUUCCAUUUCAAAUCUAAUGUGCUGUACUACAGAAAACAGAACUUGUACCAACCGUCCAAAUACAUAUAGACUGCACUGAUGACAAAAGCAUUGGUGUGCUUUUCUGGGAAUAUAAUUUUGAAAAUGAAAAUUAAUUUAUGUUUUUCAGUAUGGCAAUGUAUUAUUUUGUUGCUUUCUAUGAUGAGGAAUAAAAUUCACAGUGUCAGUCGAUUAGCCAAUUCUACUGUUCUACAGCGUAACUAUAAAUUAAGCAUGCUCAUGACAUGAUGUUGAAGCUUCAUAUGUGGGCAGUUGGGGGAUAAGAUUUUGAACAUCCUGCACAAUUAUAUUGCAAUGAAAAUACUUGUCACUCAUACCGUCCACCGCCCAGCCUAACUGACUUUUUUUCAGGGAGCAAAUGUAAAAUAUAGAAAAUAGUCAAAUGUAAGGGAGCAGGGAUCGAAUAAUGUAAAUACUGUAAUAUCCUGAAAUGGAACACUGUCAUUUCUUUUUCGGUGGAGAAACUAUGUGUGUACAUGUAGAUUUUUUUCAUUAAAUGAAGGUUUUGAGGUUGGUGCUUUGAUGAGAGAAAAUCCAAUCAAGUUUUCAGGAGAGGUCUUUAGAAAAGAAUCAGGAUAUAAGGGUGGAACAUGAAACUGACCUUACAAAGGUUGUUUCCAUAUGAGGUCAUCCACUUGUAUUUCACAUCAGGUGGGUGUAAGGGGAAACCUAAUUUUGCACUUUGAGUGCCAUUGAAUCAUUUUUGCACUUUAACAUUCAUUUAACGUUUCAUUUUUGUGGUUGCCGUCGAAAUUUCCCUUGUUUGAAUCUCAUGUACUAAAUGUUAUGUAUAUUACGGAAUAAAAUCUGUACUAAAUCUGUAUUACAGAACACUGACAUGAAAUAAAACUGUAGUUUUCAUUGCCCACACAGUCAUUUUCAUAAUCCAGUCCCGGUCAUAUAUAUGUCCUUUGUCAUAUUGUCAUUAGGCAAAAGCCUAUUUAGACAAAAGACCUUGGUCUGCUAACACUACAUACCAUUUUAGCAUGAAAAAUUUAACUUGUUUCCCCCCCCAAGGUGCACACCUGUGUAAAAUUUUCAUUUUAUUUGAUUUCAUAACUGUUGAUAAACUUCGUCAUUUUUUAACCAAUGUUGAUUAUCCACUAGAGGUCACUGUUGCUACAAGGGUUUUAAAUGAUGUCACUGCAAAAAUGAGCGGUUUUUCUUAACAGUAUUUCAUUAAACAUUCAUAUAGCCACA